AAAAUGGAGCCACCAGUAACGGUUAGCUCUACAAACCUUCAAAAAUUUAAAGGACUUUGUUUUACAACUCUAAUAAUAAUUUCUUCAUUUCUUGGAACUAUUUAUGUUUUAAUACCUCUAACGCCAUUAGCCUAUUUUAAUCCAAAACUUUUUCGUUUAAUUGUUGACUUUCUUAUCGGAUAUUGGCUUGUACUUCCCACAUCAUUGGUGGAGUGGUUGUUUGGGGUGCGAAUUCAGGUACUUGGUGAUGGUAUUGACCCAAAAAGGUGAAAAUUAUUUUAUAAAAUUGGUUGUUGGUUUUGAAAGA